AUGGUGAACAUUACGGAAAAGAUCAAGGAGAUUGAGGAUGAGAUGAGAAAGACCCAAAGUAAGACGCAUCCUCUCAUGCCUUCGCGUCAUUUCUCAAAAGUCAUUUCAUCUACAUUCUGGCCAACUUGGAGAGACUCGAAGAAUCGACGGGAAAUGAGAAUGGCCUUUCUACAAGUUGAUCAGAACAAGGCGACUGAAUAUCAUCUUGGUCUCCUAAAGGGUAAACUCGCCCGUCUCCGAGCACAACUCCUCGAACCAGGCCCAGGAGCAGGCGGCGGCGGCGGCGCAGGCUUCGACGUCAGCAAAUCCGGCGACGCCCGAAUAGCCCUCGUCGGCUUCCCCUCGGUCGGCAAAUCCACCUUCCUCUCCAAGGUCACGCGGACGAAAUCAGAGGUGGCCUCGUACGCCUUCACGACCCUCACGGCCAUUCCGGGCGUCCUCGAGUACGGCGGCGCCGAGAUCCAGCUGCUCGAUCUGCCGGGUAUCAUCGAGGGCGCCGCCGAGGGCAAGGGUAGAGGACGGCAGGUCAUCUCGGCGGCCAAGACGAGUGACAUGAUUCUCAUGGUGCUGGACGCGACCAAGAAGGCGGAGCAGAGGGCGCUGCUCGAGGCUGAAUUGGAGGCCGUGGGCAUCCGUCUCAACAGAGAGCCACCAAACAUCUACCUCAAAGCCAAAAAAGCAGGCGGCAUGAAAAUCACCUUCCAGUCCCCUCCCAAAAACAUGGACGAGAAAAUGGUCUUCAACAUCCUCCGCGACUACAAGAUCCUAAACUGCGAGGUCCUCGUCCGCGACGAGUACGCCACCGUCGACGACCUCAUCGACGUCAUCAUGAAGGACCACCGAAAAUACAUCAAGUGUCUCUACGUCUACAACAAGAUCGACUCCGUCUCCCUCGACUUCCUCGACAAGCUCGCCCGCGAGCCCCACACCGUCGUCAUGUCGUGCGAGCUCGACCUCGGCAUCCAGGACGUCGUCGACCGCUGCUGGGAGGAGCUCAAGCUGAUCCGCAUCUACACCAAGCGCCAAGGCGCCGAUCCGGAUUUCAGCGAGGCGCUCAUCGUGCGAAGCAAUAGCACCAUCGAGGACGUGUGCGACCGCAUUCACAGGACGCUCAAGGAUACCUUCAAGUACGCGCUCGUCUGGGGUGCGAGUGCCAGGCAUAUCCCGCAGAGAGUAGGACUCGGACAUGCGGUGGCAGAUGAGGAUGUGGUUUGCGUCGUGAGCGCGUGGAAGGCAUGA